AAGCGCUCGUGGUGGGUCGCGCGCGCGGAGGUCCACCGUCACUUAGCAGGUACAACGGCAGCCAUGUCGGGCUCCCCGGUGCCGAACGAGAUCUCGGCGCCGUACGAGGUGCCGCACUACCCGAUCGAGCAGAUUGAGACCAAGCUCGCACUGCAGAAGCAUCUGAGCCAGAGGGACGCAGGAGUCCGUUCAUCCGACAACUACAUGAAAUCCGAGGUUGACCGGCGGAGCGAAAAGCCAUCUCCCGAGGAGGCGGAUGCGGCUGAGAUCGACGACUACGACUAUGUGCCGCACUUCCAGCGGGUCUCCAUCUCCGGAGAGGACACCAGCGGGGUGCCGGCCGAGGACCUGCGCAAGGCCUCCCAGCUGCUGGUUCGCGCCCUGGCCAUCCGGGAGCGGUACAUGUCACUCUCCCGACAGCAGUUUCCGGACACGGCCGCCCGCUUCCUGCGCACCGGCACGGCCUCCAGCACCGUGUGUCACGGCGUGCGCACACACAUCCGAGAGCACCCGGUACACGCGCCGUCCACCGACAACCCGUGGGAGGUGGACUGGCUGCCGCCGCUCGACUACACGUGCGAGAUGGUGGGCGGGGUGUACCAGGUCAGGGACGCCUCCGGCCAGGUCAAGGAUUUCGCUUACCCGGAGCUGGAGCAGUUCUUCGCCGACUUCACCUACUUGUGCACCAUCAUUGCUGACGGGCCCCUGAAGUCGUUCUGCUACCGACGUCUCACCUACCUGUCAUCCAAGUUCCAGCUGCAUGUGCUGCUCAACGAGCUGCGCGAGCUGGCUGCGCAGAAGGCCGUCCACCACCGCGACUUCUACAACGUCCGCAAGGUGGACACCCACAUUCACGCUGCCAGCAGCAUGAAUCAGAAGCAUCUUCUGCGUUUCAUCAAAAAGAUGAUGAAGACCAACAGCGAGGAGAUCGUGUGCAUAAAUAAGGGGAAGGAGAUGACGCUUCGCGACAUGUUUCAACACAUGAAUCUCACGCCGUACGACCUCAACGUUGACAUGCUGGACGUGCACGCGGACCGCAACACCUUCCACCGCUUCGACAAAUUCAACUCCAAAUACAACCCGGUCGGCGAAAGUCGCCUGCGCGAGGUAUUCCUCAAGACGGACAACUACAUGGAGGGCCGCUACUUCGCCAACAUCAUCAAGGAGGUGUGUUCGGACCUGGAGGAGAGCAAGUACCAGUCGGCCGAGCCGCGCCUCUCCAUCUACGGCCGCUCCUCAGACGAGUGGGACAAGCUGGCCAAGUGGGCCGUCAACAACAACGUCUACUCGGACAACGUGCGCUGGCUGGUGCAGACGCCGCGGCUUUACGACAUCUACCGCUCCAACAACCUGGUGAGGAACUUCGCCGAGAUCCUGAGCAACAUGUUCAAGCCUCUGUUCGAGGUCUCGCUGGACCCCAAGUCUCACCCGGAGCUUCACAUGUUCCUCCAGCACCUGGUGGGCUUCGACUCGGUGGACGACGAGAGCAAGCCUGACAACAUCGUGUUCGACCGGGAGGCACCGCUGCCGAGCGCCUGGAGCCAGCCGGAGAACCCGCCCUACGUCUACUACAUCUACUACACCUACGCCAACAUGGCCGUACUCAACGCGCUUCGAGAGGAGCGCGGCCUGAACACGUUCGUGUUUCGGCCGCACUGCGGCGAGGCGGGGCCCGUCAACCACCUGGUGUCCACCUUCAUGAUGGCGCAGUCCAUCAACCACGGCCUCGGCCUCCGGAAGGUACCGGUACUGCAGUACCUGUACUACCUGGCUGAAAUCGGGCUGGCUAUGUCGCCGCUGAGCAACAACUCGCUGUUCCUGAACUACCCCCGCAACCCGCUGCCGGAGUACCUGGCGCGCGGCCUGAACGUCUCGCUCUCCACCGACGACCCGCUCCAGUUCCACUUCACCAAGGAGCCGCUCAUGGAGGAGUACAGCAUCGCCGCCCAGGUGUGGAAGCUGAGCUCCACCGACAUGUCGGAGCUGUGUCGCAACUCCGUGCUGCAGUCGGGCUUCCCACACGAGAUCAAGCAGCACUGGCUGGGGCCCAACUACACGCGCGAGGGCGUGGCCGGCAACGACGUGACGCGCACCAACUUGCCCGACAUCCGCGUCUCGUACCGCUACGAGACCAUGCUGGAGGAGCUGACCACCAUCUUCCAGGGCGUGACGCCCGACCCCGUGGACGAGGUGCAGCGCUACACGCAGAGCCGCGACGACAGCAGCCGCGACCACUCGUCCGAGCCGGCCGGCGCGCGUUAAGUGACACCUCGUGGCGGCCGCUCGAGGGUGGCUUUGUAUUGGUUCUCGUCGUCGCUGGCGGCUGGCGAGGGAGGACCAGGCGCUGAGUGACAUCUCGUGGCGGCGGUGCGAAGCUGGUGUUCAUGCGCUUCCCGCGGCCCAGCUCCCAGCUCCGCCAUGGCGUGGCCGAACGGAGAAGUCCGUUGUGGCCUCGAACAACUCUCCGACACCAUACGCUGGUGGAGCUCUCUGGGAGGUCUCCGCUGCCUGCAGCGAUGCGCUGACCGAAUUUCGAGAACAAUGACAUUUUGGUCAUUCUGUUGUGGUCUUACACUCAGUAUUUUAUCGGUGUAUGGUCUCUUCGCGUCUCCGCUCUAGUUCUUUUAUUUUUAGAAUUUACUGCCGUGCGGUUGGGGCGUCGUGUUCAUGGCGGCUAGUGACGCUUGAACGCGCUUCUGCGGCACCCCAUCACGCGCCGCCGCCAAGUGUUUGGUUUAUGGAAGCUAUCUUUUCUAUGUCUUUUAUUUGCAAUCAGGACUUUCACGAGCGGGUUGUUUGCACAUGUAUGCCGGCCAGACGCCAAUCAUGACGACGUGAUCCUGUGGUGGGCCUGUGGCGGCGAAGGCGUUACCGUCGCAUAGUGCGAGGUCAUCACCAAAUACAUGCCGAAAACGAG